AUGGAUUCCACAGAACGACUUAAAUUGUCCAUUGAUUCUGUCGCAGAAUACAUAAAUCAUACUACUCUAAGUCAGCAUUUAAAUGAUGAUAAUGGAUAUUUGGAGAAAUCUGCAUUAGAAUUAUUAAUAAAUGAAAACAACAAUCAAGUUUUAAACGCUCGAUCAUUCUUCGAAUCAUACGGAUUAUCUAUUAAGAUGACAACGAUUACGAAUCAAAUUUGUACAAUUCUAAAAAUGGAUGAUGCAAUUUUUAAUCAUUCAAUAAUAAAUGAUUUGGCCUCAUUUAUUUUACUCACUGAUUUUCCUUCGAAUGUUCAUCGAUUUUGGAAAGUCAAUCAGUGGCGGCUGAUUGGAAAUAGAAGCAAGACGCUGAUUAUGAAGUUUGAUAAUAUUGAACACAAUAUGGCCUAUUUUUCAAGUUGUUUGGUGUGCGUAUUUCGAAAAAUGGUCGAAGAAUCUUCAAUCCCGCUUAAUGAAUUAAAGUUAAAAUUAACUAAGUUCAUUGAUAAUAUACAAAAGUACGUGAAAGAUUUUGAUCAUGCGAUGUGGGAAACAUGGUUUUUGUGUGAUGGUAAAUUUGUUGAUUGGAGCUUUUUUAUAGCCAGUUUCCUUAUGCCACAAGAAAAUUAUGUAAGUGUGCACGCGUACAUAGAAGAUCAAAAUCGAAUUAACUAUGCAGUAAAGUAUUUUACGAAGGCCAAAUAUAGUCAAUAUAUUUUAUGUUACAAAAAAUGUAUAAUGAAUGAAAGUAAAUCACAAAAAAGAAAAUUUGAGGAAGAAGAAGAGGUUAAAAAGAAAAAAAAGAAGGUGACACUAACAUACUCCAAUGUGACUGGGAAAAAAAAUUAUUUUAUUAAAGAAUCAAAAGAAAGGUUAAGAAGAUUAUUGUAG